AUGACUUGCAGACCUGCACUUGACUGCACAAUUGGGGCUCAUGGCUACUUAAUUGAACAAUCCAUGAAGGAUGAAGUGAAUGAUAGAACAGAUGAAUGUGGUGGAUCCAUUGAGAACCGCUGUCAAUUUGCUUUGGAAGUUGUUGAAGCUGCUGUGAAUGAAAUAGGGGCAGAUAAAGUUGGAAUAAGAUUAUCACCUUUUGCAGAACAUUCAGAAUGUGGAGACUCUAGUCCUAAAGAAUUGGGACUUUAUAUGGUGAAUGCUCUCAAUAAAUAUAAUCUUCUUUACUGUCACAUGGUGGAACCAAGAAUAAAAUCUGCUUUCGAAGUGGUUGAUAAUAGUCCUCACAGUUUGGUGCCAAUGAGAAAGGCUUUCAAUGGAACUUUCAUAGUUGCAGAACAAUGA